AUGAACAGAAAUAUCAAUAAUCCACAACUGUUUAACAAAAACAACAAAUAAGAUGAAUAAAAGGAUAUAGAAUUUAAAUCAAAUCCAUUUAAAUUCUAAAAAGAUCCUGAACCCGCACCAAUAUAACCAGCUAAUAAUUUCAAUAAUUUUUUCAACUUUUCAAAUCAAAAUGAAAAAAAAAAAGAGAUUAAUAUCAAUACUGAUCCAAUAAAACCUUAAAACAAUGUAAAAGAGAAGAAAGAAUGGGAUGGAGAUUUUUUUUAUGCUGAAAUAAAUGAAAUACACAUUCCUAUUCCAAGUUUUGUUCAAUUUACAAUUUUAGAUAAAAUAUGCAAUCUUUUAGAACAAGCUUAAAAUUAAGUUAAUGGUUAUUUGGAAAAUCCAAAAUUAAAAAACUAAUUUAUAGAAAAGAUACACAAAGAAUUUAUUAAAAAAAAUGAAGCUUUAAUAGAUAAGUUUUGUAAAAAACAUCAAUAAUUGAAUGAAGAAAAAAAAGAAACAGAACUCAAAGUACUUAACAACUCUAGUGAAAAGAAAAAAAAUCCAAAUCAUAAACGAAAUUAAUCAAGCAAUGCUUUAGCGAUGCAUAUCAAAACAUAGGAAAAAAUUUACGAUGAUAACUUUAAAGCAGAUAAAAUUGAAGGUGACAGAUAAUCUCAUAAUUCAUAAGCAUCUCGUUAAUCUUAAUUGAAUUAAGGCUUAAUUAACAAAUACUAAAUUCAUAACAAUAACAUACUUUAAAUGAUUAACUAUGAAGAUGAUUUGGAAUAGCUUUUUGAGACAUUUAUUGAUAAGAACGAAGAAAAUGACUUGAUAAUAUUUUCAGACAUUAAAAAAUAAAUAUAAUUAAUAGAAGAAAAAUAAAAAGUAAUGAAUAAGAAAACAAAUAAAAUCAAAUACCCUUUCUUAAUUAAUGAAAGUGACCUUGUAAUAGAUGAGGACUAUGUUGAGUAAAUCAUGUAAAAAGUUAAUCGGUUUGGUGUAGAUAAGUGUUAAGUGUAGGAAAGAAUAAACUAAGCUCUUAAAACUGAAACUAUAACUAUCAGUUUUAAAGAAAAUAAGUUAUUGAAAACUAUUGCAUAUUCAAUAUUAUAUCGUAGCAUUUGCUAGUAAGAGCUUGAGGGUGCAAAGAAGUUUAUUUACAAGAUUUUAGGCUAUAUCAACCCAAAAUAAAAAGGAAAUAAAUAUGAACAUUUUCUUCUCAGGCAAAUUUUCUUACACUUUUUAUGUAUCUUGUUAACUAAAUCUGCUAAGUAUAAAUAGUCAGCAACUAAAUUCUUAAAUAAAAUUUUUAGUUUUGAGUUCGUUUCUUCAUUGAUUUUAAAUUACAUGUUGAAUUCAGCCUAAAAAAUAAUCAAAUUAUAAAAUACAGAUGAAGAUGGAAUAAAAGACCAGACAGAGUGUUUAGCAAAAGGAUAUAACUUAGACUUAUUUUUAAUUGAUCGCAAUCAUAAAGUUAAAAAAUUUAAGCAAAACAAAAAAGAUUUGGCAUCUAAUAUAAUUUUUAUUUAUUUCGAAUAAUCUUUUAACUAAGAACCAAAUUAGGCAGUUUACUUUGUCACAAAUCCUAAUGACUAGCUACUUGCUUUUAUGUGA